AUGUCUGCCACUCCUGGCGAAAUCACUUCCCUGUUUCAGACCAGGCUUGAACAAUACAUCAAGCCCCGCGAACAAGUCAACUACGUUCGCCGCAUCGUGGCCCUGCAUCUAGCUUCGUGUACCAGGGACGAUACAGGUCUCAAGCCGCUGUCGCUCGCAGAACACUCGGAUAAUGCCGACGUCUACCCUGAUAUAAAGGGGGUCCAGAAGGAGUAUGUUGAGGCUCUUCGUGCAAACACCGCGGCCCGACGUGAGUUUGACGAGGUCUUGCAAGCUGCCCGAGUCGCGGACGAAUCUUCGUCUCCCUUGGCAAGCCGACCAGAUCUCGUACAAGAACAGCUUUCCCUUUUGAAACUACGGAAAAGGCUAGGAUGUCUUUUGGCUAUUCAACGUUCUCUUGAUCGCGUGGCCGAGAAACCUGCUUCUCACCCUGACUUCCUGGUUGGGUUGGAGACGUCCGCGGACUUUCAGGACCCUCCCGACGUCCCUCGGAUUGUCACCAAUCGCUUUGCCAUCGAACAGGCUUCCUCCAAGCUUGAUCUUCAAAAGCGAUUGUAUCAACUAGAGAAGGCUGUUCUUAGAGCAAGGUUGUUCUUGGGGCAGAAGGAGCGCCUCCUAGCCGACGCGAGGUCUCGAAGUGCGAACAAGCCAGCCGUUGUCAGCCUCGGCGCAAAGAUUGAGGCUCUCCACGCGACGCGGAGUGAGCUGGUUAGUUGGAUGGAAGCCGAGUUGAGCAAAGCUUCAACGAAUGAUACAAGUCCUAUCGAUUAUGCUGAAGAGAAGCGCCAAGAAGCGACGACGGACGAGACAACUAUCAAGCUGAAAACACGGGAAGUACAGCAAAGGUAUAGCCAAUACGUUGAUGCCAGGAAUCAACUGCUGGAAGUGGCGACCAGGGAGCAUUCACAGGCGUCCUUGCCACCACCAACUCGGCAAACACCUUCUCCUAAACGCACCGAUGGUGGCCCAGAACCAGUCGAAUACCUCCUGACUCCGUACCUUGAAGUAUUGCUCUCCGUCUCAAGGCAGCAAAAGGCAAUCAUUUCCCAAAAGUCCCACGUCAACGCAAUCAUGGGCAAGGAAUGCAAAAGUGCGUGUCAGGUGCUUAGCCACCUCGCAGAGGAGAGCCAGCUGCUUCCCUCGCACCCGAUGGAAGACUGCUCAAAACGGCGGUCUGGCAUCCGGACGGAGAUGGAGUCUGGGUCAAAUGACGGGUCGAAUAUCUCGAGCCUCGUCCAGCGGUGGGUAUAUGCGGCCGACUCGGCCAAGAUGGCCACGCUGGAGACCGUUGCGGAAACGAUUGAAACCGGUCAGAUCGCUCUAGAAAACUGCAUGAACUCUCUUCAGGGAAUCGAUCGCUUGCUUGGCCAAGACGAGGAUGCUAAACUUGAUGAGGGAGAUGCUGGCAGCUCGUUGGAGAAAGAUGGUAGGCGGGGCGGCGAAGAGACGUCAUUUCGUGGUGCAAAUAAGGACAAGGAGAAGGGCAGGGCGCCGAUGCAGCGGCCUGGGGAUCCAUGGUCACGCCUGCGGGGAGAAAUAUUGACCUGA